UCUCCUUCCUUCCUUACUUCUCCAAUGACAAAUCUUUGAUUUUCCGUAGAGAAAGGGUCAAUAUCUGUAAACCCAAAUUGAAAAGGCCCUUUUCCCUCUCUCCCUCUCUCUCCUCUGGUUUCUUUAGAGAGAGAGAGGGCGGGACAUAAAUGAUGGGUGGGCCAAACUUGUUUCAAGCCCUAGAUUUGUUUCGAGCCCUAGAUCAAUGACUUCCCGCCAAAAGCCCAUCUCUCUUACAGGACCCAGAUGUUUAAUCGGUACAUCCAUCCUUCUGUUUCUAUCUGUACUAUGAAUAUACUUGUGGUGGCAGAAGAUAGCUCAUGGGUCUGUUUUGGAUGGUUCAUAAUCCUCCAGAAGCUUCAAACAAAGAAGUUUUGGUAUGAUUUCACACUUGGUUCAGAGGAUUUUGUUGAUGGUUCAGAAGAAGACAAGCUUCGAUGUUUGUUCAGUCUAUUGUUGUUUACUUUUCACGAACAGACCUGUUGGAUUGACUAUUUUCGGUCUAAACCUUCAAUGCUUGGAGAUGAGAAUUCAGUAGAUUUGUUCAAGCUUUACUUUCUAGUGAAAGAAAAAGGAGACGGUUUCAGCGGAGGGGUUGUUGGAUUCCGUUGUCAAAGAGUUUGGGUUGUGAUCUGGUGUUGCUUCUGAUUUGAAAUUGGCUUGUGACAAAGCAUUCCAGAAACAAUUCGUGCAGGUCUGAGUGAUUGUUUAAUGGAGUUUGAGCCCGAGUUUAGAGGGUCUUCAUCGGAAAUUUCGGAUCAGAAGAACGAGAAUGGAGAUUACCUGUAUUUGGAUUUGGAAGAGAGUGACAUGGAUUCUAUGGUAGGGAAAUUGAGCAAUGGCAAUGAGGUUAUAGGUUUGGUGGAAUCAGAUGAAAGCAGGAAAGGUGGUGAAGACUGCAAAAACUUGUACGAAGGCGAAGAAUGUAUGAUUUCUGGUUCAAGUGUGUUUUCUAAUAGGAAGAGAAAGCGGGGGUGUCGGUGGAGGAUGCUGGAUUGGGUUGUUGAGGUUGCAAAGAAUCCUUGUGAUCCAGAAGUUGUAUCGUUACCUGAAAGGCCGGAUUGGAAGCAGUAUGGGAGGGAACAGUUAUGGAAGCAGGUUUUAUUAGCCCGACAUGCAAUGUUUCUCAAAAGAAAUGGCAAUAGAAGUCCCGAGCAAAAAAUUUCGAAUUGGCUGAAGCAAAGGAUGCAUCCAUCAAUGUAUGAUGAUCACAGUGGAUCUGAGAGGCAAAGAAGCAGCCAGAGGCUUGUUUCAGCAAAAGAGUCACGAUCACUUUCUUCCAAAAUACGACCUCGUUCGGACUCAUCAUCGAGUACUCAGACUCAGUUAGAGGAUUACUUGGACAAAGAAUCUGAAACCCUGUCUACAAAUUCCGUAUUUACUUUUUUAAACGAUAAUCAGAACCGGAAACGGGUCCCAGUGGGGCCGUUUUUUCAAGCUAAUGUACUGGAAUGGACUGGGGAGACUUGUGAAAGUGACUCUAGAUGGUUAGGCUCACGGGUUUGGCCAGUAGAAAGUGGGGAACCAAGCAAAUAUCUAAUUGAAAGGGAUCGCAUUGGGAAAGGAAGACAAGAGUCAUGUGGAUGUGAAAACCCAGGUUCCAUUGAAUGUGUCAGAUUCCACGUCUCUGAGAAAAGGGUGAGAGUAAAGCUUGAACUUGGUUUGGCUUUCCUACGCUUGAAGUUCGAUAGGAUGGGUGAGGAAGUUGCACUUUCUUGGACAAAGGAAGAAGAGAAAAGGUUCCAGGAAAUAAUUAAGUCAAAUCCUGCAUCUCUGGAUAUGUGUUUCUGGGAUGAAAUUGUUAAGUCGUUUACUAGCAAAAAGAGGGAGGAUUUGGUGAGCUACUACUUCAAUGUCUAUCUUUUACGGCGUCGGGGUUACCAGAAUAGGUCCACUCCUAGCAACAUUGAGAGUGAUGAUGAAGAAUCAGAGUUUGGACCCGUGACUAAUCGCUAUAGGCAUGAUGCACUUAAAUCUCCAGGUUCCAUUUUCUGUUCCCCAAAGAAGCCACACUCGAAUGUCAAAUAGUUCCCAGGGGAUUAGGGUCAAGGGCUUUCUUGGGAAACUUGAAGUGCAACAGUUUUGUCUUCAUGUUCAGCAUUUUCAAGGAAAAUUUACCUUUCCUUUUCACUCAAAACUACGAGUCUGCAAUGGCUGUUGAUAUGUAAGUUGUAGCUUCUAGUGUUUCUUGAUGGGGAUAACACCGAAAAAGCUAGUAAGAGAGCAGUUCCGGAGGUUGAUUGAUACAUAUAGUGGUGAAAGAUGCUAAUUGUAGAGGCACAAGCCACUUGAUUUUGGUUCAUCUUUUUCUGUUUCUCAGCAUAUACUUUUGGUUUCUGCCAUUCACCAUGAUUCCCAGCAUCUCGUACGACCGUACAGGUACUUUUACUUUUACCCAUUUAUUCUUUUUUCACUCAGUUUCUUCCCGGCAGGGCUGGUCCGAAACCAAGCCUUGUGAUUGUUGAGAGGAUUUGAAAGUUCUUGAGGGUGGGAGAAUGGAAUCUACGUUAGAAUUCAGAUUGUAGUCCUUUCGAGAAAGGUUACACGCUUUUUCCUUUUGGUAUGUGGAUAUUGGGAAAGAAUGGUGUGAGAAAAUCUAUUCUGCUUAAUCCAUUUCCAUCUAUGGUUCUCUCCA